CCUGGGUCUGUCUUGACCAGGGUCAGUGACGUGGCUCCAUCUUCUUUAGGUUCCUUUCUGCCUUUUUGAUAUAUUCCCCUCUCCCUCUUCAUCCCAAGUAAGUAAAGGGAUCUUUUUGCAAUCACAGGAGGCCCACGAGAAGGGGAAGAGGAUGGAAGAGCAGGACCCAGAAGGACCAGGAAUUGGCAAGACAGCAAGGAAAGACCCCAGUCCCAUCCAGGCGGGGAGUGGGGCUGAAUUCUGGGGAAGAGCUGUGCCGGAGAUCCUGCAUCAGGACCCUGGGGCCUCAGAGGAACAUCGCCAGCGUUUCCGGCAGUUCUGCUACCAGGAAGGUGCCGGGCCCCGAGAGGUUUGCAGCCAGCUCCAUGGACUUUGCAAGCAGUGGCUGGAGCCAGAGCGGCACUCCAAGAAGCAGAUCUUGGACCUGGUGAUCCUGGAGCAGUUCCUGGCCCUCCUGCCCGAGGACAUGCAGCGCUGGGUCAGAGGAUGCGGGCCGGAGACCAGUUCCCAGGCGGUGUCCCUGGCGGAAGGUUUCCUCCUGAGUCAGGCAGAGGAGAAGCGGCAGGUGGAGCAGUUUCAGAUGUGGGGACCAUGUGUGAAGGUGGAAGUAGAGUUCUCUGAGGAGGAAGGGUCUCCUCUGGAGGAAGAGCAGAAGGCCCAGACCCAGGAGCAUUCCCAAGAUGCCCUCUUAUGUGGCAGCGAAGAGACUGAGUUGAGUCAUCGUCUUUGUGGAGGAGUCGAAACAGCUGCUGCCCCUGAACUCCAGUCUCCGCCUUCCUUUGAGGACGUGGCCGUGUAUUUCACCGAGGCUGAGUGGGGCCUGCUGGAUCUGGGCCAACGCGCUCUCUACCUGGAAGUCAUGCUGGACAACUGUGGGAACGUGGCCUCUCUGGAAAGCACGGAUGUACCAGAGACUGCAGUGGAGACAGACGAAGGGCUGGAGAACUUCUCAAGAGGGUCUCCACAGAAUAUUUCCUUCCCGAGUGAACUGGUUGCGACAGGAGGUGUGGAGGAGUCAUUUGGGGAAUUUCAGGGAUUCUCACUGGAAAAAGUCCAGAAUGAACAAGCCGAAGGAUACUUCAGGAAUAGAGAUGGACUACAGAGGCAGGAAGGAAGCGGUAUGGAGAAGAAGCAUGCUAUGUCUUUUCCUCGCCAAGAAUGGGGCUUCGAUGAAAUCCCAGGCCACAACCAUCUCCAGUGGACUCAUUCAGGAAUGAAGCCUUUUCUCUGCUCAAAGAGAGGAAUGAUGAUCUCCAGUGGAAGACAGGGUCAUGUAUAUUUUCCAAACCACAUUAUAAUAAAGGCAUGUAAAUGCUGUUUUUGCGGAAAGUACUUCCGAUACAGAGCACAGCUUCUUCUACACCAAAGAAUACACACAGCACAGAAGCUUUUUGAAUGCUCAGAGUGUGGAAAGAGAUUCAGUCAAAAUGGAAGUCUUCAACUGCACGAAAGAACCCACACAGGUGAGAAACCUUUUGAAUGCUCAGAGUGUGGAAAGAGAUUUAGCCGGAGUGGUGGCCUUCAACAGCAUCAAAGAACCCACACAGGGGAGAAACCUUUUGAAUGUUCAGAGUGUGGAAAGAGAUUCAGUCAGAAUGGCAGUCUUCAACUGCACGAAAGAACCCACACAGGGGAGAAACCAUUUGAAUGCUCAGAGUGUGGAAAGAAAUUCAGUAGGAGUGACAAUCUUCAAGAACAUCAAAGAACCCACACAGGGGAGAAACCUUUUGAAUGCUCAGAGUGUGGAAAGAGAUUCAGUCAGAAUGGCAGUCUUCAACUACACCAAAGAACUCAUACAGGGGAGAAACCAUUUGAAUGCUCAGAAUGUGGAAAGAAAUUUAGUAGGAGUGACAAUUACCAGGAGCAUCAAAGAACCCACACAGGGGAGAAACCAUGUGAAUGUUCAGAGUGUGGCAAGAGAUUCAGUAGGAGUGACAAUCUUCAAGAGCAUCAGAGAACCCAUACAGGGGAAAAGCCUUUUGAAUGCUCCGAGUGUGGAAAGAGAUUCAGUCAGAAUGGCACUCUUCAAAAGCAUGAAAGAAUCCACACAGGGGAGAAACCAUUUCAGUGCUUUGAGUGUGGAAAAAGAUUUAGUCGGAGUGAUGGUCUUCAACAGCAUCAAAGAACCCACACAGGGGAAAAACCUUUUGAAUGCUCAGAGUGUGGAAAGAGAUUCAGUCAGAAUGGCACUCUUCAACUGCACCAAAGAACCCACACAGGGGAGAAACCAUUUGAAUGCUCAGAGUGUGGAAAGAAAUUCAGUAGGAGUGACAAUCUUCAAGAGCAUCAAAGAACCCACACAGGGGAAAAACCUUUUGAAUGCUCAGACUGUGGAAAGAGAUUCAGUCUGAGUUCCAGUCUUCAAAAGCAUCAAAAAACCCACACAGGGGAGAAACCAUUUGAAUGCUCAGAAUGUGGAAAGAGAUUCAGUCUGAGUUCCAGUCUUCAAGAGCAUCAAAGAACCCAUACAGGGGAGAAACCUUUUGAAUGCUCAGAGUGUGGAAAGAGAUUCAGUAGGAGUGGUGCACUUCAGCAGCAUCAACGAACUCACACAGGGGAGAAGCCUUUUGAAUGCUCACAGUGUGGAAAGAGAUUUAGUCAGAGUGGUACUCUUCAACAGCAUCUGAGAACCCACACAGGGGAGAAACCUUUUGAAUGCUCACAGUGUGGAAAGAGAUACAGUGAGUAUGGCAGUCUGCAACAGCAUCAAAGAACCCACACAGGGGACAAACCCUUUAUAUGCUUAGAGUGUGGAAAGAGAUUUAGUCGGAGUUCCAGUCUUCAGAAGCAUCAAAGAAUCCACACAGGGGAGAAACCUUUUGAAUGCUCAGAGUGUGGAAAGAGAUUCAGUCAGAAUGGCACUCUUCAAAAGCAUCAAAUAACCCAUACAGGGGAGAAACCUUUUGAAUGUUCAGAGUGUGGAAAGAAAUUCAGUCAGAAUGGCACUCUUCAACAGCAUCAAAGGACCCACACAGGGGAGAAACCUUUUGAAUGUUCAGAGUGUGGAAAGAGAUUCAGUCUUAGUUCCAGUUUUCAACAGCAUGAGAGAACCCACACAGGGGAGAAGCCUUUUGAAUGCUCAGAUUGUGGAAAGAGGUUUUGUCGGAGUGACAGUCUUCAACAGCAUCAAAGAACCCACACAGGGGAGAAACCUUUUGAAUGUUCAGAGUGUGGGAAGAGAUUCAGUAGGAGUGGCAAUCUUCAACAACAUCAAAGAAUUCACAGUGGAGAAACCCUUUUAAUGUUCAGUGUGGAAAGAGAUUCAGUCUGAGUUUUUGUCUCUAAAGGAAUAAAAAUACCCACACAGGGGGGAAAACCUUUUGAAUGCUCAAGAGUGUGGAAGGAGGUAGUCUGAGUUCUAGUCUUCAGAAGCAUCAAAGAACCCACAGAGGUGAGAAACAUUUUGGAUGCUCAGGGUGUGGGAAGUGUUUAAUUUGUAGUGAGAGUCUUUGCAAGCGUCAAAGAACUCACACAGGGAGAAACCUUUUGAAUGUUCAGAACUGGGCCCUAGCAGAAUGGAAGAAGACCACAUACCCCUUUUUGCUUCCAAGUGCACCCAGCUCCAUUCUCGCCACCCUAACAAGACAAAAAGAUUUCCCAAUGGAAACAAGACGGAGAGGUGGCAUCUGGGAGUCCAAGGAUAUUUCCCAAGGUGGAAGCUUUUACAGGUCAAUGCUUAUUUGGUCAGGCAGAAAUGAGAACGAAGAUCUAUCAGGCCCUUUGCAACCUCUGCAUCUGGAGUCCACAGGGCUGUUUUUGGCAGCCGUCUUCGCACCUACUGAGUUGGAGAGAAGGGCCAAUGGGUUUUCUUUCUCAUUCCUAUCUGAAAAAGUGAGCUUUAACUCAUGAGAGUGGUGCUGAAGGCACCACUGAAGGCACCACUGAAGGCACCACUGCUUCUACAGAGCAGAAUUCAAGUCUGGUAGUGCCUUCAGUACCAUCCAAAUUUUACAGGGUUAAAGCUCUCAUGAGUUAAAGCUCACUUUCUCAGAUAGACUGACACAGUACAACAAGAUACGGAGAGAAUCACGGAACAGAGACCAUAGUGUAACCAUAUGAAUAAACAUGAUUAUAAUAAGCAAUUAUUUUCUAAUUAAUUUCUUUAUAUUCGAUGUCAUUUCAAUAAAUUCAUUUACAAUUUCUUUACAAAA